AGAGAGGAAGCGCAGUCGCUCUUCCAGUAAGAUACGCGACCGAGGCCGGUCGCCAAGCAACGUGCGGCCACGCAGACCACGUUCGCCAAGUAAGAUAAAAAGGGAUAGAGACGCAGAGCACGACUCCCGGGCGCCGGACAAAGACAAGGACAAAGAAAAGCCGCCGUCUACUCGCGAUUCCGGGAAGAUGAAAAGCGAUGCUGCACACGAACUGUUGGACCGGGAGACAAAGAAGGGUAAGCGAGAGCGGGAGCCGAGCAAAGUAAGAUAUGAUCAGGAGGAUGUGGAGAAGACCAAAAAGUCGCUCAAGAGUAGCGGUUCUCUGCCAGAAGAGAACCCUGAAACAAAAGGGACAAAAGAGAAGGCGAAGCCGGCGAAAAAUAAAACGGGUCUGUAUGGCAAGUCUCCAGGACCGAAAGGCAGCGCUGCUGCCGGGGCGAAAAUCGCCGAACAGGACCGCAAGAAAACGUCUCCGGUUCGUGCGUGGGCAACGACCAGCAAACCAACGGGCUCUGUGUCGGACGAGAAAGGAAGUCCUCAGGACGACGAUGUCUGGGAGCAGGCAGCCUCCAAGCCAAAGACUCUGGUACUUGUGAUGAUAAAAGCUUUUAUUUCGUUUUGUUUUUGAUGGCAGCGAGAUGAAAUAGACGGCCCAGCUAACGCGUCACAUCUCACCAGGCCGGGUUUGCAUGCGUUGUUUGCAGCUCUUGAGGGAUUCGUUGUCUGCUCAUCAGUAUUAGUCUUUGUCUUUUCAAAAAAGAACCAGAACAUGUCCGGGCUUCACGGCUCUUUCUGGUGGUUCUGGCCAGAGGAGGUUGGCUUUCUUCAGAGCAGAACACAACUGGUCUUGCGAAAAGGCUUUUGUUUCAUUCUCUCGGUGUCGCCAGCUUUUCCACUUUUUUUUAGGGGCACGCUUCUGCUUCGACGCUGACUCAAUUUUCAGGCCCAGGGGUUGCUUGGGUGGUCGGAUGUUUGAUAUGGUUUUCCUUUUCGGCCCUUCGGAGCCAUUUUUCCCUUUCUUCCUUUCAUCGCUGCUUCGGGAACAGCUCUAGUUCUCGUUCGCGACGAAAGUGAAGUGUAUGAAAAACUAAGAACUUCCAAUACAGCCGCCCGCGAAGCAGGAUACGGACGUCGGUACGACCCCUACUGCAAUGAAAAAUGAUGCCCUCGUUGCUCAGAAAGCAGUGGUAUGGAUUGUAAAAGUGUCUGGGUCUGGAAGAAUGGAAGGUCUGUCAUGCUGUGCCAGCAUGACCCCAAAGUCUGUCAUGCUCGUUACCGAAAAGCCCCACUUUUCUGUCAUGCCGAAACGUGGUUUGUGAUGCAGAAUACGCAACACCUAGCAAGUCAGAAACUUGUCAUGCUGAGCCGUCACUUGUGGCGUCCUCAGGAUUCGCCAACCAGCAUCACAGGCUUCCAGACCCAGACAUAUUUGCAAUCCAUAAGUGGACAGGAUCCGAGCGGACCACGGGGACGCCUUUCCGAAGAGCGAUUUCGACCCUGCUAGAGCUGCGCUUCGACGCGACCGACCGACUUUGAACGAACUGGAGAGGAAGAAACUGAAUGUGUACGGGGUACUGAAGAUCGAUUUGGUGGGCAAUCAUGUGUUUGUUGGCGCGAGUGCUGCUCAGCAAUCGACGUUCACCAUAGCUGGGGCGCAGGAAAAGUUCCAGCGGUCGGGGUUUUUGGUGGACCUGGACCACAUGACUUGCUCUACCGUUCGUGCGCUGGCAGUAAGUGCCGCGGACUUCAAAGAAGGCAAGGAAGCGGCGAUGCAACACUUCGACCAGCUCCUGCAGUCGGUUAUGCAUUUGCCACAAACCCUCGAAGUAGGGGUCUGGUUCAAAAUUAGAUCAAACAAUUCCCGCGGUUUUUUCGCCGACGCCGUGCAAUAUGAGUCGAAGGUUGAAGAGGGUCUGCAGGCCAAGGUAACGCGCAUGCUUGUUUGAGUUUUGAUGGUCUGCAACUACUUCCCGGAACUUUAGAAAACAGUGCACUCAUAAAUUCGAUACACUGCGAUGAUCAAUAAAACUCCUGGAGCCCCUGCCCCCUGGAGGGGCCGGGAAUCCUCUCCCAGCAGCAUCCCGAGGUUGUCGUCAACAUGAAAAGCUAUGAUAAAUUUUCAGAUUGCCAAGAUCUACAAGAGUUAUGGUGUGGCUCCGCCGACGAGUGUCGUGGAGAAGACGAACAGCGCGGAAAAAGAGAAGGCAUUCGACCGCACCCCUCCACCGUGG